CCCAUAAUUGUUUCUUAAGAUCAAGACUGGGAAUGGCCACAAGGGACAGGCUGCCUCGGGUCACUGAGCCAGAGGCACAGGGGGAGCCCCACGUGCCCACGGGCCGGGAGCUGACCGAGGCCAACCGCUUCGCCUACGCUGCGCUCUGCAGCAUCUCCCUAUCUCAGCUAUUUCCAGAACCCGAGCAAAGCUCAUUCUGUGAGGAAUUUGUGGCAGGCCUGGUGAAGUGGCUGGAGUUAUCCGAGGCUGUCUUGCCCACCAUGACUGCGUUUGCUGCUGGCCUGGGAGGUGAAGGAGUGGAGAUGUUUGCUCAGAUCUUGUCGAAGGACCCCCUCUUGAAGGGCGACCCGUCACUGAUCACCCAGGACCUGCUGAGCUUCUCCCUCAAGGAUGGGUGCUAUGAUGCCCGGGCCAGAGUCCUCGUAGGUCACGUGAGCUCCCUGCUGCAGAUGCCCUUGGAGGAGCUGGAUCUCCUGGAAGACACGUUCCUAGAGAGCCUGAAGGAAACCAGAGAGGAGGACUCUGAGAUGGCUGAGGCAUCCCGGAAGAAGAAGGAGAAGCGGAGGAAGUGGAACCGAUACCUCCUGAUAGGCCUGGCGACCGUCGGCGGUGGGACAGUGAUCGGUGUGACCGGGGGUCUGGCCGCCCCCUUUGUUGCAGCCGGAGCUGCCACAAUCAUCGGCAGUGCUGGGGCAGCAAUGCUGGGUUCCACGGCGGGCAUAGCUGUCUUGACCUCACUCUUUGGUGCUGCUGGAGCUGGCCUCACAGGGUACAAGAUGAAGAAGCGUGUCGGGGCCAUUGAGGAGUUCACAUUCCUGCCUCUGACUGAAGGCAGGCAGCUGCACAUCACCAUUGCCAUCACCGGGUGGCUUGCCUCCGGAAGAUACCGUACCUUCAGUGCCCCAUGGGCUGCCCUGGCCCAGAGCCGCGAACAGUACUGCCUGGCCUGGGAGGCCAAGUACCUGAUGGAGCUUGGCAAUGCGCUGGAGACCAUCCUCAGUGGGCUUGCCAACAUGGUGGCCCAGGAGGCCCUCAAGUACACCGUGCUGUCUGGCAUUGUGGCCGCUCUGACCUGGCCAGCUUCGCUCCUCAGUAUGGCCAACGUCAUCGACAACCCCUGGGGGGUGUGCCUGCAUCGGUCAGCAGAGGUCGGCAAGCACCUGGCCCACAUCCUGCUCUCCCGACAACAGGGCCAACGACCUGUCACCUUGAUUGGCUUCAGCCUGGGAGCCAGGGUCAUCUACUUCUGUCUGCAAGAGCUGGCACAGGAGAAAGAUUGCCAAGGGAUCAUCGAGGAUGUGGUCCUGCUGGGGGCGCCUGUGAAAGGGGAAGCCCGGCACUGGGAGCCUUUCCGGAAGGUGGUGUCCGGGAGGAUUGUCAACGGCUACUGCAGGGGGGACUGGCUGCUGAGCUUUGUGUACCGCACGUCCUCCGUGCAGCUCAGUGUCGCAGGCCUGCAGCCCGUGCUGCUCCAGGACAGGAGGAUGGAGAAUGUGGACCUGACCUCAGUGGUCAGCGGCCACCUUGACUAUGCCAAGAAGAUGGACAUCAUCCUGCAAGCCGUGGGCAUGCGCACCAGGCCGGGCGGCGGUGAGAAGGGGCUCCUGCUGGCCUCAGCAGGUGCUGCCUCAGCCAGUGCAACCAGCCACCAAGAUGGACAAAUACAGGAUCUGGAGGCUGGAGACACUCCCAGAGCGACCCCACCUGCUGACCCCGGCCGAGCGCAGGUGCCAGAGGAACUGGACCAAGCUGAAGAGGAGCCCCUUCCUGCCACUGCCAGCCCCUCUGCCUGCAGCCAUGGCGUAGACUCCAAUCCACUGGGCUGCCCAGACUGCACCCAUGAGCCCCCAGAGCCCUGCCCAGGACUGCCCUGACCCCAGCAGCCCCCAGCUUCCAAAGGGCAGUGCUAUCCCUCAGUGCCCCAUGGGCGCCGGGAAGGUACAACACUCCCACAAGCACUUCUAAGUUGAAGGAAGGAACUGGAAUUGGGAGGAAAGGGGUUGAGGGAACAAACAUUUCUUCCUGGAGGAAGCAAGGCCUGAGGCUCACCUGGUCAGCCCAGCCCAGUGCAGAGCCCUCCCCUGCUCCCCCUCCCAGCCCAUUUCAGCCCAGCCUGAGGCUCCUGUACCGCAGGCGCUAUCCAGGGACCAGAGGACCGUCUGGGAGGCCCCCAUGCUGCCUCUCCCAGGCCGCAGGGAAACGAGUUCCCUCUGUGCUCCCACCCAUACUGCAGGGCUGCCAGCAGCCAGGGGCACCACCAGCGGGCACCUGCAGAGCAGGCAUAGGUGCAAAGCGGGCGGCUUCCUCAUAGGAGAGCUGCUCUGAUCUGCCAUGCGCAGCCGGGCGGGCUGUGCACUGUGCCACCGUAGGGACAGCCGUCACACAGAUGUGAAUGGCAUCCUCAAAGUCCUGCACCACGGUG